AUGGCAGUGGCCUUCUGCGGGGGCCUAGCCAGCUGGCCAGACCCGCGCAGCUCUCGAGCCGCUGGAGAAGGGCUUUGCCGCCACAGCCGCCUUCUCCAGGGGCCUAGCCAGCCAGCCAAGCCCCACGUGGCUUUCAAGCCACUGGAGAAGGCCUUUGCCAUGGCAGCAGCCUUCUCUGGGGGCCUAGCCAGCCGGCCAGGCCCCUCAGCUUGUCACUGGCAGCGCAGAGCCGAAGGAAAAGGAGGCCUCACCAUGGCAAGGCUUCCUUCUCCAUCGGCUCCAUCUUGGGGUAGUGCAGAGCUGAAGGAGAAGGAGGACCACGAGGUUUCCUUCUCCUCCAAUUGCACACUGUCCAGGAAGAUGCUGAGGGAGAAGGAAGCCUUGCUGCAGCAAAAGGGGGCCUUGGGUUUUGUGGCAGCGGCCAAAACCCAGGAAACCUGGAAAGCCAGGACGGGACCUUCCCAAGGGUCUAAAACCCUGGAAAAUCCACCCAAAAGCAGGAAAUGGCAAGCCUACGCUGGUGGAGCUUCUCAGCAACAAAAGCUAGGCUUCCUUCUCAAGGAAAUGAUGAACAGUUGUUCCUGGCUGCUGCUGCUGGUGCUCUUGUGGAAUGUUCUGAAUGAGGUAUCAAAUCAGAAACCACCACAUGGUUUUAUGUAUGCUUACUAUGAGGUGAUCAUUCCAAGGAAAAUGAUGCCAAGAUAUGGACAAGAGGAAACCCUAGAGGUCACCUACUAUUUGCAGAUUGAGGGAAAGGGCAACAUAGUACAUUUGAGAAAGAAGAGGGACUUUGUGUCUAAAACCUUUCCUGUCUUCACCUACACAAAGCAUGGGAAUCUUCAGGUCGACUAUCCAUUUGUCAGGAAUGACUGUUUUUACCAGGGUUAUGUGGAGGGCAAAUCCCCCUCUCAGGUCAUCCUCAGUGCGUGCUCAGGGGGAUUUAGGGGCUUCUUUCAAUUUGAAAAUAGGACCUAUGAAAUUGAACCUGUCCUGACCUCUCCUGCCUUUCAACAUGUGGUGUAUCGGUUAGAAGAGAUGAAAAAUGCUGUCCGCAUGAAGUGCGGAUUAACAGAGGAAGUGCAAAAACAUCAAGAGACCAUGAUGCAAAACAUAAAGGAUGGAGUGUCUGAAAGUGCUUCCAGAGAAAACUGGUGGCCACACACCAGGUAUGUGAAGGUAGCCAUUGUGGUGGAACAUGAACGCUAUGUGAAGUUUGGCAGAAAUGAAACUCUUAUUGCUAUACAUGUUCUGGAUAUUUUUCAUCUUUCAAAUUCAUUUUAUGAACCACUUUCUGUUCAAUUGUUUGUAGCUGGACUGGAGAUCUGGUCAGAAAAGAAUCUCAUAGAUAUUGCCGACACCAUGGAUAAAACACUUAAUUCUUUCAAUAAAUGGCGGACAAAUUCACUAAAUUACCAUCUAGAGAAUGAUGCAGGGCAUUUAUUUAUAUAUAAAUAUUUUGGAACUUAUCUUGGAUUAGCAUUUGAAGGAGUAGUUUGCGAUCGGCACUGGGCAUCUGCCGUUGUGUCCUAUAUGGAUGCCAGUUUGCUCUAUAUUUCUAACAUAUUUUCCCAUGAGUUAGGACAUAAUCUUGGCAUGAAACAUGAUGUAAAAUACUGCCGUUGUGAUAGAGUUGAUUGCAUUAUGGCUCCAUAUCACUCAAACAGUGAUAAGUUUAGCAAUUGCAGUUAUCAAGGCUAUUUUAGAGUUAAAAAUUUUGGUUGUUUGUUCAUUCCCCCAGAUCCUGAUAAAAUAUACAAAGCUGAAUAUUGUGGAAACAAAAUUGUGGAAAAUGGUGAGCAAUGUGACUGUGGCUCCAAAGCUCAGUGUGAGUUAGAUCCAUGUUGCCAAUAUAAUUGUAUGUUUCCUGUCGGGGUCACUUGUGCUUUUGGAAAGUGCUGUUCUAAGUGUCAGUAUCUUCCAGCUCAUUCUCUUUGCAGAGAGAAGAAUGGCAUUUGUGAUCUUCCUGAGUAUUGCAAUGGUACCUCAGAGCUGUGUCCUGAAGACGUUUAUGUACAAGAUGGUGCCCCAUGUAUAGAUGGUGCAUACUGCUACCAUGGGAAUUGUACUACUCACAAUAUACAAUGCAAAAUGAUAUUUGGCAAGAAAGCAGUAACUGCUUCAGAGAUUUGCUUCAGAAGUAUCAACAUGAAAGGUGACCGUUUCGGCAACUGUGGCCUUAAACAUGGGAAGUAUACAAAAUGUAGUCCUGAGCAUAUCCUGUGUGGCCGCAUUCAGUGUGAAAAUAUUCAUACGCUACCUUUCCUGGAGGAACACAACACUUUAAUUCAGGAAGCCAUUGGCAAUAAGGAGUGCUGGAGUACAGACUACCACAGUGGAGUGGAGGUACCUGAUACUGGAAAAGUAAGAGAUGGCACUCCUUGUGGAACAGACAUGAUGUGUAUUGAUGGAAAAUGUUUGAGUGUGUCCUCUUUGAAAUAUGAUUGCAAUGUCACUAAGUGUCAUAAUCAGGGAAUAUGCAACAAUCGCAAACAUUGCCAUUGUGACUAUGGUUGGGCCCCUCCCGAAUGUCUAAAUGAAGGCCAUGGAGGUAGCAUUGACAGUGGUCCGCCUCCACCAAAGCACCAUCCUGUUAUAAGCUCUGUAAAGGUCACAUCCUCGCAGGGACAGAUGGACACCAUCACCCCUGAACAAAUCGGGCAGUUUGACCCGAAUGGCUUGAUUCGCUCCGAGCACCCGGCCAUGCCCGUCUACAUAGCAGCCUUGUUCAGAGAAUAG